ACAAAACCCUUCUCUCCCGAUUCAAAGGUGCAGGCGGCGGCAAGCGGCGGAGAUGGAUCCAGAUGCGGUAGCUAAGGCGUUCGUGGAACACUAUUACUCAACCUUCGAUGCUAAUCGGACCGGCUUGUCCAAUCUAUACCAGGAAUCCUCGAUGUUGACAUUUGAAGGCCAGAAGAUACAGGGAUCUCCGAACAUCGUAGCGAAGUUGACAUCACUCCCUUUCCAACAGUGCAAGCACAGCAUCACCACGGUGGAUUGUCAGCCAUCUGGUCCCGCCGGAGGCAUGCUUGUCUUCGUCUCCGGUAACCUCCAACUCGUCGGCGAACAACAUGCUCUUAAGUUCAGCCAGAUGUUCCAUCUAAUGCCCACACCACAGUCAAGUUUUUACGUUCUCAAUGACAUAUUUCGGUUGAAUUAUGCUUGAAGCCGUCGUUCAGGGAAGGAAGCUGGUUAUGAAUGUUGAAUUUUGUUUUUCUUUCCAUUUUUGGUAUUUUGUGAAAACUAAGAACUGCAGUUGAGGGGGUAUUGGAAGAAGGAAAUACUUGAUGCUUAUUGCGAAUUGUGUCUUCUCAAUCUCUAUGUCUUGGACAAUUAAUUGGUUUAUGGUCGGAUUGAAAGGAUCA